AUGUCUUCAGAAAAAUUCAUAACUUUCAAGACUAGCGAUGGUAAGGAAUUCAAACUCAAUGAGCGUGUAGCUGUGAGGUCAGAAGUCAUCAAGAACGUGUGGAAGAAAUAUUCAGAAGAAGGUGUUACGGAAGAUCAGUUAAAGAGUUUUGAUCAGGAUUUCUUGAAGACGAGCCAAUUAGAAUUAGUUGGUGUUCUCUUGGCUGCUAAUUGUUUUGAUGAUAACCAGUUGAAGGAGAUAAUAAUCCAAGAAUUUGCUGAUAGGAUCAAAGGGAAACCAAUAGAGGAAAUACGUGAAGUAUUUGGUAUCGUGAAUGAUUAUACUCCAGAGGAAGAGGAGGAGUUCUAUCUUCUGUUGUUCCUUUUUGAAGAAAUAGUGCUCGGUUUUGAAUGA